AUGGCUAUAAAGGGCAUCAGAGGCUUUGAAGUUUUACCUGUGAAACUUGCAGAAUGUGAGUCUCUACAUUAUCUUUUUUUUAAGAAACACGAUGUAAGGAGCAGUGAAAAAAAUGAGAGUUCAGGUGGUCGUUCAAUAUUCUUCUUUAAUUUACCAGUCUGUACGACGGCUACAGUGAUGAAGAAAUUUUUUCAAGAGAUUGCUAUUGGGUCAACGAUUGAAUCUUUCACUCCAAGUUUUCUUUCAGAUUGCGAAGAGGAUCUGUGGUUGGACUUAGGAAGACUUACAACUGGCUUGGACUUACAACAACAUGAUAACUCGCAUGAGUUGAGAUUAAAAAUACCCAAGAACUGUGGUAUUGUAACAUUUGUGGAUAAGUCUGCUUUUCUUCUUGCCUUGAACUCCUUAAAAAAACUUGCCUCCGCCUCCAUGCAAGCAAAUUGGCCAUUAGAAGGGCCUUUUGGGCUGAUCUUCUAUUUGAAAAAGUACCAAGCUCAAGUUUUAGAUAAUGCGUUAUUGGCUCAGAGUGUCUCGGAUGCAUUAGAGUCUUUUGAUAAUGCAGAAAGAGAUUCUUAUGAUCAGUUGCAGCAGCAGGCGCAGGUUGUUGAUGAAGAUGGUUUCACAUUGGUUGUUGGAUCACAUAGAAAGACAAAAGCUGGAAUAAUGGGUAAGCAGAAAUUGGCUGCAACUGUGGAGGUAACUAGAGCCGCUGAUAAGUUGAAAAAGAAGGAGAAAGCAGACUUCUAUAGAUUUCAAUUAAGGGAGCGCAAAAAGGAAGAAAUGAAUGACUUGUUAAAAAAAUUUAAAGAAGAUCAAGAAAGGGUUAGGCUGAUGAAGGAAAAGAAAAGAUUCAGACCUUAUUAA